AUGAAGAAAAAGGCCGAAGCAGAAAGGAAAGCGCAGGCUAAGGCGCAAGAAGAAGCAAAACGGAAGGAGCUGAAAGAUGAGUUAGAAGAUCAAGCCAAGGCGAAAAAAAAGGCUAAAGCAAGAAGGAAAGCGCAGGCUAAGGCGAAAAAAAAGGCGAAAAGCAAAGAAAAGAAAAACGCAAAAAGUUGA